CGCCGCGCGCGGGGCGCCUCCAUGGCCGCGGCCUCCUCGAGCUCCACUGCGCCCGCGCCCAGCUCGCCGGGGGCCGCCGCGCUGCCGGCGCAGGCGCCCGCGGCGGGCGAGGGCCGUCCGGAGCCGCCGCUCGUCGCCGGCUGCCAGGUCUUCGUGCGGGAGGCGUUCGAGUACCCCGAGUACCAGUUGGCAAAAGAUUUGCUCGGCGUCGUGCUAAAGAUCGAUGGAUGUGGCGACGUGUUCAUCAACUGGCAGGUAGUCGGCAAGAAGUGGGUGCUCAAGAGGGACCUGUUCCGCAUCGGAGUGAAGCAGGUCGUGCAGAGCCCCUCUGCCGCGCAGGGCCCGGAGAAGGCGAUACCGACCUUCACGUUCAAGACGAUCGUCGUCGGCGGGUAUUCAGUCGGCAAGUCGAGCUUGGCGUUGAGGUUUGUUAAAGGCGUAUUCAAGCAGGGCAUCGAGCCCACGAUCGGCGCGACCUUCAUGACACAGACGGUGUUCCUGGACGACAUGAAGGUCAAGCUGGAGAUUUGGGAUACUGCCGGCCAGGAGCGGUACAAGUCCUUGGCACCGAUUUAUUUCAGGGGGGCCGCGGCGACGAUCGUCGUGUACGACAUCUCGAACAAGGCCUCCUACGACGCCGCGAGGACGUGGGUGCAGGAGAUCCGGGAGGAGGCGCAGAGCACGUCGGUCUUCCUGGUAGGGAACAAAAAAGACCUGGGCGCCCAGCAGAGGAAGACGCCCAGGGCCGACGCCGAAAAGUAUGCCGAGGAGGCGAAUCUCAUGUACAUGGAGACCUCCGCCAAGACCGGGGACCCGAUUGGGUUGAAAAUGCAGCUGGGCCCAGGUAUUGUUGCCGAGAUUCUGAUGAAAUGUCACCAGCGUGCGGGGUGCAGCAGGCCUUUCAGCGGGCAUCCUCGGUUUUGCCUCCAGCCAGGCCUGAGAUGUUACCAGUUGCAUUGUUCUUCAUAUGAUUGUCCAGUCUCGUUUUUAGUUCUCUAUCCAACUCCACCCCACUUAGGGCAGUCAGCAAAUGCAGAAUUUUGCCGUCCAGUAUAGUUUCUGGUGCAACUACCGAUUUGUCCCUACCACGGUUGCCAACAAGUCACAGCAUGGCAUGAGCAGUCGGGCAUUUUUUUUCUAUCGCGGUUGAUCGAAGGCAGCUUUUGAUGCGGCCUACGAAGCAAAGCGAAAUCCCGCCC